AUGUCGUCUACCGAAGAUGCAGCCCAACUUAAAGCGGGACAUCCUCCCGCAGUCAAAGCAGGUGGAAUGAGAAUCACUCAGCACAAAGUGCCUCAUGUCAAAGAUGCUAAGGAAUCCACCACAGAAGACCUAACCGGCCUGUCAGGCCCCUCACCAGUUCCGUCCAACCCAGUAUCCAUAUCUGGAGCCCCGAACCGUGGCAAUGCGGACUUUACACCGCAAGCCGCACAAGUAGCUCAUAGUCCCAAGCCCCCGGCACACAUUAAUGUCAAACCAAGCCCAAACAUUCAACAACCCAGGAAGUAG